CCUAUGCGCUUUUAAUUUGAAGGGGAAAUACUUUGGCGGAAGGGCGGAUGCGGCUGCCUGCUUGUAGCUCGACACUGAGAGGACAUAGUGGAGUCGGUGGGGAAGAAGUGGAUCAUCGUCAAACGGUUCUCUGGAGAUCUCUCUCGGUUGUACAUGUAGGAUAGCGGUGCCACCUCUGGGAUGAAACCACCAAAGUAUGUAUCUCGAUGACUCGGCUGUUUCUGGCCUCCACGCCUUUGUGGAUUUACAUUAGCCUGGAAUAUGAGCAGGAGAAGACGAUAAGCAGCAGCAGCAGCGGCGGCUGGCUUCCUGCAGGAUUUUGCCCAGGCUUUUUGUUUUUCCAUGGACAUGUCUAGUCUAUGGAGCAAAGCUGAGCGAAGCUAGCUGGCUGACCGUCCAGCUAGCGCAACAUUUCCAGGCUUUUGGAUGAUUGUUUAGCUGAAGAGCUGAUUUAUUGUGGAUCAGCGCUACCUACCCUGCCUGGGUGAGGAGUCAGCAUGGGGGAGCCCAGUCUGGACGAUGCCAAUGUCAAGGUGGCUGUUCGUGUACGGCCCAUGAACAGGAGAGAAAAGGAUCUAAACACUAAAUGUAUCGUGGAGAUGGCGAAGAACCAAACGAUCCUCCACCCUGGAGGAACCAACCUAGGCAAAGACUCCAGGUGUCAGCCCAAGGUCUUUGCCUAUGAUUACUGUUUCUGGUCCAUGGAUGAGACAGAUAAGGAGAGAUUUGCCGGUCAGGAGGUGGUCUUCCAGUGCCUUGGAGAAAGUCUUCUCCGCAAUGCCUUCCAGGGCUACAAUGCCUGUAUCUUUGCCUACGGACAAACUGGUUCGGGAAAGUCGUACACCAUGAUGGGUUCAGUGGACCAACCAGGUCUGAUUCCCCGGCUGUGCAGUGCUUUGUUUGAACGAACCCAGAAGGAGCAGCGGGAGGAGGAGAGCUUCACUGUGGAGGUGUCCUACAUGGAGAUCUACAACGAGAAGGUCCGAGAUCUGCUCGACCCCAAAGGCGGUAGACAAACACUUCGAGUGAGGGAACAUAAAGUUUUGGGUCCCUAUGUGGAUGGACUGUCUCGGCUAGCUGUGGCCAGCUACAAGGACAUUGAGUCUCUGAUGUCAGAGGGGAACAAGUCACGUACUGUUGCUGCCACCAACAUGAAUGAGGAGAGCAGUCGAUCACAUGCCGUCUUCAACAUCAUCCUCACACACACACUGAAAGACCUGCAGUCUGGGACGAGUGGAGAGAAGGUGAGUCGGUUGAGUCUGGUGGACUUGGCUGGAAGUGAGCGAGCAGCAAAGACUGGAGCAGCAGGGGAGCGGCUUAAGGAGGGAAGCAACAUCAACAAGUCUCUCACUACACUGGGCCUGGUCAUCUCAGCACUUGCUGAACAGGGAACAGCCAAGAACAAGAACAAGUUUGUUCCUUACAGAGACUCUGUUCUGACAUGGCUGCUGAAGGACUGUCUGGGUGGCAACAGUCGCACAGCGAUGGUUGCAACUGUGAGUCCAGCAGCAGACAACUACGAGGAGACGCUAUCAACGCUGCGCUACGCAGACCGAGCAAAGAGCAUCGUUAAUCACGCCGUUGUUAAUGAAGAUCCCAACGCACGCAUCAUCAGGGAGCUCAGAGAGGAAGUGGAAAAACUACGAGAGCAACUGACUCAAGCAGAGUCUUUGAAGGCUCCAGAGCUGAAAGACCGCCUGGAAGAGUCAGAAAAGUUGAUUCAAGAAAUGACCAUCACUUGGGAGGAGAAGCUUCGAAAAACAGAGGAGGUUGCACAGGAGCGUCAGAAGCAGUUGGAGAGUCUAGGUAUUUCUCUUCAGUCUUCAGGGAUUAAAGUUGGAGACGAUAAGAGUUUUCUUGUCAACCUUAAUGCCGAUCCUGCCCUCAAUGAACUGCUGGUGUAUUACCUGAAGGACCACACAAAAGUGGGCUCGGCAGACUCUCAGGACAUCCAGCUGUGUGGGAUGGGUAUCCAGGCGGAGCACUGUGUCAUCGACAUUUCGCCAGAAACUGCAGUCGUCCUCACCCCAUACCGCAAUGCUCGGACAUGUGUUAAUGGUUCUCCAGUGACCAGUGCCCUGCAGCUUCACCAUGGCGACCGCAUCUUCUGGGGAAACAACCACUUCUUCAGGAUCAACCUGCCUAAGCGGCGCUCUCGGACAGCUGAGGACGAGGAGGGUGAAGGUGGCGUGAUGAAGAACAGUGGCAGCAGUGAGCAACUGGAUGCAGAUGGUGACACAGCCAGUGAAGUAUCCAGUGAAGUCAGCUUCUCUUACGAGUUCGCCCAGACAGAGGUCAUGAUGAAGGCCCUGGGCAAUAAUGACCCCAUGCAAGCAGUGCUGCAAUCCCUGGAGAGGCAGCAUGAAGAGGAGAAGCAGUCUGCUCUGGAGCGACAGAGACAAAUGUACGAGCAGGAACUGCAGCAGCUCCGCAAGAAGCUGAACCCGGACCGUCUGUCCACCGGUCCCUCUGGAGGACCUGCGUCUGGCCAGCAAGGUCCAGGACAGCAGUCUCACUACCGCAGCCUCGAGAGACUCAGCAUCGGAGGAAUGAGCCAUUCAACCAGCGCUCAGAGCAGACUGAGGCAGUGGAAUGAGGACAGAGAGGCUGUGUUAGUAAGGAGUCUGCGGCGGCUGAGGGAGCAGAUAGUGAGGGCGAACCUCCUGGUGCAAGAAGCCUGUUUCAUCUCUGAGGAGCUGGAGCGACACACAGAGUACAGAGUCACUCUGCAGAUCCCAUCAGACAAUCUCAAUGCAAACCGCAAGAGAGAUGCAGUACUCAGUGAACCAGCAAUUCAGGUUCGACGUCGGUGUCGAGGGAAGCAAAUCUGGAGUCUAGAGAAGACUGAGAACCGUCUGGUUGACAUGAGAGAGCUGUACCAAGAGUGGCAGGACUAUAACCUUCAUCAUCAUGACAACCCUGUGAUGCGCUCAUAUUUCCGUCGAGCAGACCCGUUCUUUGACGAGCAGGAGAACCACAGUCUGAUCGGUGUCGCAAAUGUCUUUCUUUCCUGCCUCUUCUACGAUGUCAAGCUGCAGUAUGCUGUUCCCAUCAUCAACCAGAAGGGGGAGGUGGCAGGACGACUUCAUGUGGAGGUGGUGAGAGUUGGAGGGGGAUUAGAGGACAACAUGGCUGGAGGAGACGAAUCUGAUAACAACCAAGACUCUGAAGUCCAGGAUCGCAAACUGGUCUGCAUGAUUAAGAUCUUGCAGGCCACUGGUCUUCCCCAGUACCUGUCCAACUUCGUCUUCUGUCAGUAUUCAUUCUGGGACAGCGCUGAGCCCAUCAUCGUGGCUCCUGAAGUAGAUCCAUCAUCCUCGUCGCCCAGCACCAAGGACCCACACUGCAUGGUCGUGUUUGAUAGCUGCAAGGAGGUGGCAGUGUCUGUAACGGAGGAUUUCAUCGAAUACCUGACUGAAGGGGCAGUUGCCAUUGAGGUAUAUGGACACAGACAGGCUGAUGCAGGCAGAAACCCCGCCCUGUGGGACCUCAGCAUCAUCCAGGCUAAGACGCGCACACUGCGAGACAGGUGGAGUGAGGUAACGCGUCGCCUGGAGCUGUGGAUUCAAAUCCUGGAGAUAAAUGAGAACGGAGACUUUGUUCCAGUAGAAGUUAUUCCUGCUAGAGAUGUGCGGACAGGGGGAAUCUUCCAGCUUCGGCAGGGUCAGUCAAGGCGCAUCCAGGUGGACGUGCGUUCAGUCCAGGACUCGGGCACCAUGCCUCUGAUAGCAGAAAUACUGCUUGCAGUGUCAGUGGGUUGUGUGGAGAUCAGAAACACCACAGCCAAUCAGGAAGCAGAUGAGAUGGACAGUUAUCAGGAAAGAGACCUGGAGCGAUUGCGGCGGCAGUGGUUAGCUGCUCUCACCAAGAGACAGGAAUACCUGGACCAGCACCUGCAGAGCCUGGUCAGCAAAGCAGAGAAGACAGAGGAUGACGUGGAGAGGGAGGCCCAGCUGCUGGAGUGGCGCUUGACUCUUACAGAGGAGAGAAAUGCUGUCAUGGUGCCCUCUGCUGGCAGCGGUAUUCCUGGAGCACCUGCUGAAUGGGUUCCUCUGCCAGGCAUGGAGACUCAUAUUCCCGUCCUAUUCCUGAACCUCAAACCUGAUGACCUCAGUUCUCCAGACCAGUUUGAGGUCCCUGAGGCUGGAGGUUGGGAUGCCACCCUGAGUGGAGAGGAUGAGGACGACUUCUUUGACCUACAGAUCGUCAAACACUACGAUGGAGAGGUAAAAGCAGAGGCAUCAUGGGACUCUACCGUCCACGAGUGUCCCCAGCUCAGUCGUGGGGGAGCAUGGCCGGAGCAGCGGGUCUACCUGACGAUUCGAGUGGUGGUUCAGCUCAGCCACCCUGCCGACAUGCAGCUGGUCCUGAGAAAGAGGAUCUGCGUCAACGUCAACCCGGGCCGCCAGGGUUUCGCGCACAACUUUCUCAGAAGGAUGUCGACCCGCAGCACCAUACCUGGCUGUGGGGUCACAUUCGAUGUGGUCUCCAACAUCCCCGGGGACGCGCCCGGUUCAGAGGACAGAGAGAUGCUUGCCAACCUUGCUGCCAGUGCACACAACAGCCAGUCAGCCGAUGAUGAGGCUGCAAUUGAAAAAUACCUCCGCAGUGUCCUCAGUCUGGAGAACAUCCUGACUCUGGAUAGACUCAGACAGGAGGUGGCAGUGAAGGAACAACUAACUAACAGAGGGAGGAGCAACAGACGGAGCAUAAGUUCUCCUUCUGUCCACAGGCUUUCUGGAAGUAGACAAGACCUGUCCACUACCUGCCUGGACGAUAAGGGUCGAUGGGAGAGUCAGCAGGAUAUCUUCAUGCCUUCUCAGUUUCACCGCACCCUCCCCCGGCCCGCCUCUUCCCCUUCCACCUACUCCACCUCCCCUUCUUCAACUCCUACUCCUUUUGGCAUGACCCCCCCACAGAACCAGGAACCAGAGCAAGGUCGUUCAGGACUUGCUGCCUCUUAUCUUUCAGUUAAGGCGCUGGUUCCUCAGAUGCCCAAACUGCUCAAGUCUCUGUUUCCAGCACGAGACGACAAGAAGGAGCUGAGACCUUCGCCACAAAGCCAGCAGCAGCAUGUCCCUCGCAUCAUGACGUCAGGAGGGGACGACAGUCGAGUCAAGGCUGAGACGACUGCUAUUCUGCGGCCCCCAACCAAAGACAGACGGGCAGAGUUCCCAGAAGUCCCUCCUCUUCCUGUGCAUGACCCGCAUGACAUCACCCCCCUCAGCCCCCUCAGCCAGUCAUCAAGCGGCUACUUCUCCACUAGUGUUUCUACAGUUACCUUGUCUGACGUUCUCCAACCUUCCUCCUCGUCUUCCUCCCUCCUGGCUGCCGAGACUACGUUACCCACAAACCCCCAGCAGCAGGGUGCUGACAGGAACGAUGUUGUAACCUCUCCUCCUCAGUGUGGAGCCAAGAUGGCGGUCGUCGCUCCACCACCUUCCCACAGCUCAGCCAAUCACAACAAUGUCACUGCUGAAAACUCCUCUGAACAUAAGCUGGUAAACUCUGGAGGAGGAAGUGACGGCUAUGAGAGGCUGGAGAUCUUUGUGGACGAUGAAGAGCGUAGCCAGGACGACGUACUGCCUGAUUGGCUGACAGAAGGGGCGUAUGUCACAGUAGGAAGCAAUAAGGCCGGGACAGUGCGCUAUGUGGGAGUGACGCAAUUUGCUGAGGGAGUGUGGGUGGGGGUGGAGCUGGACACCCCAGUAGGUAAAAAUGACGGUUCAGUUGGGGGUCAUCGGUAUUUCCACUGUAAACCGGGUUACGGGGUGCUGGUUCGCCCAGACCGGCUGUCCUGCCGCGACCGGACCAGUCGGCGCACGGGAGACUUCACCGCCCCCCAUGUCCCCGUCUUGCGAGGAGAAGCCAUUGUUUCCCGCCGGGGGGAGAAUCGCAAGUCCUGGAGCAGUUGAGACAGGGAAAGUUGGAGCUGGAUGGGAGAGAUGAACUCCCCAUAGCCCCCCUCCUCCUCUUCCUCUCCUCCCAGCUAUGCAACAGGCCCCUACAUCAGGACUGACAUACUGCCUACCUUCCCCUAGUUUAAAACUACAGUCACUGCAUCCAUUCACAAGUAAUGGAUGCAAGUUGAAUAAAGACAACAAUGAGACCAUUCAGAACCAGUGCAAGUAAGUUGAUGAAAGACUAUGCAGAGUAUAUAGAAGUCCGUGGAAGGACUAUUUAUCACGUGGGAAGAUAAUGCUAAAUAAAUGGCAGUCAGUGGGAAGACUGCUGCGAGUGAAUGGAAGUCAUUGCAGACUUUGUUAUAAAGAGUGUCGGAGCUCUGCAGGGGUGUGGAUUGGGCGCUGCAGACUGGGUGAUUUGCCUCCGAGAUGUUUUCUGAGCUGAUAUACAGGGGUGCAAACCUUUCACAUUUUAGGCAGGAGUCAUUUUUUUUUGUAUCCCAGUUCACAUCUGAGAAUAUAUUUUGAAGUGCAGCAAAAAACCCUUCUAGAAUGAAAAGUCUUUGUCUCUCCAGUUGGAUGCAGGAUAAUAUUAUUGUUUGUCUUGUUUGUCUAUCCAAAAAGAUCAAAAGAUACUGUACAACCAUUCUGAUUUAUAACUACAUUAUUUAAGUGGAAAACACUUUCGAAAAGAAGAAAAUGUAAAAACUUAUUGUAAAAACUGGGGUCAGAGUGACAUAAAGCUCAAACCAUGCCGGUCAAACUGUGUGAUAAUAAGUUUGCAUCCCUGGAUAUGAUGUCUCUACCUGGUAGUCCUGAGACUCCAUGUCCCAGAAUCCCCUGCUCGAGCUGCCACGCCCCUGAACUCUCAAGAGCUACAGACUGACACUUUGACUCGUCAUUUGAGUCCUUCAUGUCCUUCUCCUGGACUCCUUUUUUCUUUUCUUUUGAAAAUAGAUCCUCCCAAAAUGUGCCUUCACCAUGGCUUGGUUUGCAUCUGUUUUUCUGUAUAAUUUCUGUUGGCUGUGUUUGUGUUUUAAGAGAAUGCCUUGUGCUGAGUGUGAGGUGAUCUCAGGGACUGCAGAGGGGAAAGGACAAGGAGGUGUGUGUGUCUGUGCGUGUGCGUGUAAAAAUGUUGUACAGUGUUGCCCUGUGCACAAAUAAUUGUUGUAAUUGUGUCGAUGUUGAAGAUUAUAUGCGUAAAGCAGCAAAAGUUGUGUCCUCUUUGGACAAAGCCACUAUGGGAGCAAGUUGUUUGUACUGGGAGACUUUAAAAGUUGAUUUUGCACUGGAGAUGUUGGAUAAGAAGCAUCCGUAUGUGAGCAGAAUGUGUCUGUGGUUACGGUGCAGUGAGACAGUGAGAGUGGAAACAGAUUCCUCGAACCAACUAGUAAUGUGAAAAUAGUAAUCGAUUACUUUAAACGAGUAUAUUCUCCAUCUGGUGUCUGUUCUUGAUGCUAAAUUAGGGAUUGUCCUCUGUGACUGACAUUUGGACACCAGGGGACGCUGUAGUAGUCUGGUUUUUAUUGGUGGGAAUAGGCAUGUGGACGUGUUGAGGAAAAGAAAGUGAGAUGGGUACGCAGAAGCUCUGCUGGGUAUUUCAUGCUCAAGAAGAGAAUUGAUUUGCUUCUAUGCAUUUGAUCUGUUUUAAAAUAAUCUAGAUUUUUUUAUCUUUUAUUUCUAAAUGACAGAUACAACUGGGAGAAAGAGCUGUACAUUUUGGGACCAUAUUAAACAAGAAAGCAGUUCUGUCUGUUGAAGAAAAUGUAAGAUGAUAUGGCAGACUUUUGGAUUUUUU